CAAAAACGAAAAAAAAAACUCAUGAGAAAUCCAUGUAUUUGCAUAUAAAAUAGGUCUUAGAACUUGUAAACAUUUUUGAACGUGUAACGGUCUUUGUUACAUGACCGCCUAAUCCCAUUUUUUUUUGUAUGUAAUGUAAUAAGCAAGAAAGUGAACAACUAAGCCUAAAUAAUUCAUAAUGAUUUGUAGCCCAUAACAUGAAACGAGCACUAAGUAGAAAGUACGUAUUAAUUUUCUAAAGUAGCGAAAAACAAAGAAAAUAAAUCUAAUAAGAGCAAUAAGAACGUGGCGCCUAUCGAUAACAAUUUGAAUCAAUCGCUGUGCUGCAGUGUGACCAGAGUGCGUUUUUUCAGUUUGUUGUUAUUUUGACAGCCAUGCAGUUUACGACACUGCACAACGUGGACACCGAAUAUUCGGCCGAUUCAGUGGAAUGGUGCUCACAGGAUGAAACACAUCAGAAAUACUUUGCUUGUGGCACCUAUCAGCUAGUGGAGGCCGAGCAGAACAGCACAGCUGCAGUUGAAGCUGAGUGCCAACGGCCACGGAAGGGUCGUGUCUAUUUGUUUGCCUUUGACAGACAGAAUGACGCACUGGAGCGGCUGCAGUGCCUCGAAACGGCGGCCAUAUUAGACAUGAAGUGGCUGCCAGCUUGGAGCUGUGACACUGGUCCGCUGCUGGCCACAGUGAAUGCCCUGGGUGAGGUGGAGAUCUAUGAGCUGUUGCACGCAGAGCAACGACUGCAGCAGCGGGCCAAGCUGGCCCUCGAAGAAACGACGCUUAAUACGCCAAAGGCACUGGCACUCUCCCUCGAUUGGCAACGUGCUGAUGCAGAUGCUGAUGGUGCCUUGCAGCUGCUAAUCUCCGACUCGCUGGGCAAUGUGCAUCAGGUGCAGUAUACGGCAAAGGAUGAAUUGAGCAAGCUCUGCUCCUGGCAGGCACACGGCUUUGAAGCGUGGACAUGCGCCUUUGACCGCUGGAAUCCGCAGCGUGUUUACAGCGGUGGCGACGACUGUUUGCUGCAUGCCUACGACUUGCGCAGCGGCACCGAGGCGCAGCCGCAGCGCAUCUGGACAAAUAGAGCGCAUGGCGCUGGCGUCACCUGUCUGCUCAGCCAUCCACAAAACGAACAUCAACUUCUCACCGGCAGCUACGAUGAGCUGUUGCGUGUUUUCGAUACGCGGGCAAUGAAAUGCAGCCUAGCCGAACUGAAUCUAAAUGGUGGCAUUUGGCGGCUCAAGCCUCAUCCACAGCGGUCCGAUCUAAUACUCACUGCAUGCAUGUACACUAAUUUUAGUGUCGUGCAAUUGAAGGAAGGGGCGCUAAGUCUCAUGGGCAGCUAUGAGGAACAUUCGAGCAUUUGUUAUGGUGCCGACUGGGCGCCAAAUAUCGAUAAGUUUGAAUUACCGGAUGACUACACUCACAGCCUGCAUAUGGCCACCUGCUCCUUUUACGACCAUAAACUGUGUGUAAGCAAAGUCGACACCAAAUUUGCUACGUAAUUAAUGUUAUUUAUGAAUGCAUUUAAAAAUAAAAUCCAAAUCAUUUAUGUAAAAUAGUUGUAAAUAGUUUGUAAAAUAUUUUCAAUAUCAAUGAAAUGCAAUUAUGGUAUGGUCAACUGUCAGCUUUCCAAGACUGCUGAAACUGAGCCUCCUUAUACCAAAUGGUAUAUGAGAUUAUACAUAUUAAUGAGACCAAAUUAUAUAUGUGAUUGUGUUAGUAUGUUAGUGGACCUUAGACAUCAAUUGUUUAGAAAGGCAUAAAUUAUCCUUACAAAAUACUAUCGACGACUACUCGACGACAUUCUCUGCAGAGAAUUCGAGGAUGAUAAAUAUAUGUUUAUAUUUAAUCACUGACCAAAGAACAGUGAUUUCAUUUGAUUUUAAUAUAAAUGUAUAGGAUUUUUUUUUUUAAGAUUCCUAGUUAAAACAACUUUAAGUGGAUUUAUUAACUUACAUAAAUGGUGUUCCUCGAGUUUACUAUUUUCUACGAGUUUAGUUAACUUUUUAUAAGAACAGUUUAGUGAAGUGUCAAAGAGUAAGUAGUGACUAAGCAAGAUUUUAAUGAUGACAUUAAAUUUAUUUGUCAAAAAGGAUGUCAAUAAUCGCAUAUCCUACUUGUCAUUAAUACUAUUACGUUAUUUUACAAUUCCCUUUGAAUGAGUAUUCAAAAAAUACUGACUCGAUAAAUCAGUUUGACAUCGGAAGCUAUCGUUUUUGUUUAUUUCACUCAAAAGCAGCGCGUUCGUCUUUACGUUUAUAUUUGUUCUCUUCAAAAUGACUAUUGAAAAAUGUACUUUGGGAAAAGUUGAACAAGAACUUUAUAAGUUGGACAAGGCGCUUACCGAAGUCACAAAAGCAAUGAACGACAUUGAAAUGCAGAUGAAUUCUGACGAAACAGAUUCAGACAACAUCGAGAACAUAAAUGAAUUCGCAAUUGUCUUGAAGAACGUCGCAAUUGAAGAGAAGAAGUCAGAAGCCGAAGCCGAAAAUAUUGACGAGAAGUAUUGGAUCAUCUACAUGGAUAUACUACGUAAAAAACUUUGCCAUCUCGGCUGCAACGUAGUCCAGAUGCUCCAUCCAUUCAAGACAUUGUUUUGUAUUGACUUCAGCAGGGGCACCUAUAUCAUAAUCGAGAUAAACAAAUCAAAGAUCUCGCUCGAGAAGAUCUCUCCGGAACACAAGAACUUCAAUAAUAUCAAAGAGCAUAUGGAUAAAUCACAGGAUAUCCUCGGAUUGAUCGUCUUCUUGGCCACACUGAAUCUUAAGUAAUGUUCCCCCAAUUAUAGAUCUAUGUAGCUUAACCCAGAGGAUACGGAAUUACACUCUCCGUCAUAUAUAACACCGUGUUUGUACCAUAUAUGUAUGUAUAUGUCGAAUAGUAUUUACAUUAAUGUAAAUUUAAAAAUAAAAAACGUCCUCUCUUUUUA